UUCCGUUCUUUCACCGCCAUUUCUCGUCGGCUUCCUCAUUGUGUUUACCGCACUAGGAUUUCAUCUCGCAAGUGUUGAAAAACAUCUUUAGCAUGGCUGACGCCACACAAUACGGGAGUUACGGCAACUCCCAGCCUGCGGCAGCUGGGUAUGGCUCCUAUGGGGGUUAUGGAACUGUGGAUCAAAACUACUCGCAGGCUAGCUACACCCAGCCCGCCGCGGGAUACGGGCAGCAGCAGCCAGCAGCCCAACAGCCUCAGCAACAGCCCAUGUGGGGUGCCGCUUCUAAUGUGACUUCCACACCAGCUGCAACAACCUAUGGCCAAGACCAGUAUGGGCAGCAAAGCCAGUCGUACAGUAGCUACCAACAGCCCAACUCUUAUUCACAGGGCCAAAGUGCGACAUAUGGAGGGUACGGAGCUCAGCCAGCUCCGGCCCCUCCUCCGGCUGCCGCCAGCAGCACUGCUGCAUACCCUCCCAGUGCCACCACGGGCUAUGGGGCGCAAGCACAACCAGCUCCUGCGGCGGGCUACGCAGCACCACAGCCAGCAGCCCAGGGUGCAUAUGGAGCUGCAGCCGGAUACGGUGCCCCACAGCCGACACCCCAGCCGACACCCCAGCAGCCUCAACAACCGGGCUCUCACCAGUAUGGAGGCGCCGGCGCAACACCUUACGGCUCUAGCUAUGGUGCUGCGGCAGGUGGUGCCCCCUAUGGGCAGGCCCAGGGGCCUCCGGGACAAAUCGGUGGACCGCCACAACCAGGCGGUGCUUUUGGGGGCCAGGGUGGUCCCCCCCAGCCCCCUCAGCCAGGUGCACCGUCAGGGCCCCCCAGUAGCUAUGGGAGUGGGGAUUAUGGACGGGGUGGAGGAGGGCCCCCAGGGGGCAUGGCUGGACCCCAUGGAGGUCCACCUGGGCCACCCUCUGGAGGAGGUGGCGCAGGAGGUGGCGGCGGCUACGGGGGACCACCGCCAGGAGGAUAUGGGGGUCCCGGUGGAUAUGGCGGUGGCCAAGGUGGGCCAGGCAUGUACGGCGAUCGUGGAGGAAGAGGUGGCUUCAAUAAUCAAGGUGGUCCCGGUGGCAGGGGAAGUUACAACAAAGGACCUUCCGAGGAGAUGGCAGACACCAUAUUUGUCUCCAACUUGCCAGAGGAUGUUGGCGAGGUUCAGCUGGCUGAGCAUUUUGGUGCCAUUGGACUGAUCAAGAUUGACAAGAAGACUGGGAAGAACAAGAUCUGGAUCUACAAGGACAAGAUCACGGGCAAAGGCAAGGGAGAAGCGACCAUCACUUAUGAUGAUCCUCCAACUGCUGGUUCAGCCAUCACAUGGUUUCAUGGCAAAGAGUUCAUGGGUGGCAAGAUCAAUGUCGAGCUAGCCCAGCGCAAGACUCCGUUCGGCGGUGGCUUUGGUGGUGGAAUGGGCGGCCGUGGAGGGCCCCGGGGUGGACGAGGUGGCCCCCGAGGCGGCGGAGGCGGUGGUGGAGGAGGUCGUGGAGGUGGUCCUGAUAGUGGAAUGGGCGGCCGUGAUGGAGACUGGAAAUGCCCGAACCCGGCAUGUGGCAACAACAAUUUUUCCUGGCGUGUUCAGUGCAACCGAUGUUCAGCUCCACGCGAUGGCCCUGGCGGGCCUGGAGGUCCCGAUAAUGGGCCACCAGGAAUGCGGGGUGGCAUGAGGGGCGGGCCCCGUGGAGGUCGUGGUGGUGACCGAGGUGGUCGUGGAGGAGGACCACCCAUGGGUGGACGAGGUGGUGGACCACCCAUGGGUGGAGGAGGCCCACCAAUGGGUGGCCGUGGUGGUGGCUUCGGACCGGGUCGUGGGGGUCCUGGUCGCGGCGGACCCAUGCGAGGUGGACCCGGCGGAGACAGAGGUGACAGAAGAGCACGACCUUACUAGGGAAAGUGGCCUGUGAAGUGGUGUUGACCCUCUAUUGGCUGCAUUUGUUGCUCCAUCAUGUUUGUUGGCCUGUAUCUAUCCCUUCAUCCUGUUCAUCGACCUCACAGUACGUGCUCAUGAAGAAAACUGUUUUAGUUCUGCCAUCUUUCAUGUCAAGACAUAUGUACUUUCAAGUGACAGUCUCAUGUACUGAUGUGGUGCGCCAUUCCAUGUUGCGUUUUUUUUUUUUUUUUUAUGCACCUGCUUAUCACCUUACAUUGUGUGUAUAGUGUCUCUUGUGUGCACCAAAAUAAAGCUCUUUUGUUCAUUAAA